AUGCAUUAUCUCACGUACCUCAACUGCCUCGCGGCGGUAGCGGCGGCGUCACCUCUGGCCGUCGCCGAGCCGGCCAACAUCGACGGCAGCACCUUCACGCUACGACAGGUCGAAAACAAGGACUUUGCCGGACAGACGGGUCUCGACGAGUUGGUGUGGGCGUAUAUCAAGUACAACGCCGAGCUGCCUGCCAAGGUGCGCGAGGCCAUUGUCAUCGGCAAGCACGUCAACGCUCGGUUCAAGGGGCUCGUACAACGAGGAACAACAGACGACAAAUCAGCGUCGUUCGGUACGGUGCAGGCGUUCCCGCCGCGCAACGUGGACAUUCAGUACGUCGUGCCGGUGCAGAUCGGGUCGCCGCCGCAGACGGUGUUCCUGAACCUCGACACAGGGUCCGGCGAUCUCUGGACAUUCUCGUCCGAGACACCAGAGUGGCAGCGCGGCGAUCACCGCAUCUACAGCCCUGAGCUGUCCAACACGUCGGUGCUGCAAGACGGACUCACGUGGCGCAUCACAUACGGCGACGGGUCGGGCGCCUCGGGCAACGUGUACAACGACCGCGUGGCGCUGGGCAAGACGUCGUUCGCGGCGCAGGCGAUCGAGUCGGCGUCGCAAGUGUCACCGUCGUUCACGCGCGACUCGUUCGCGUCGGGCAUCCUGGGCCUCGGGUUUGGGCGUGGUAACACGGUCAAGCCGCGGCCGGUCAAGACGUACUUUGAGAAUGUCAUGCCGGCGCUCGCAUCGCCCGUCUUCACGUCCAACCUGCAGGCGGGGCGGCCGGGCAACUACAACUUUGGGUUCGUCGCGCGCAAUGAGUACACGGGACGCAUCGGGUACACGCCAGUGACAAAGCGCAACCCGUACUGGGAGAUCAAGGUCGACGGCACGCAGAUUGGCGGCGGCGAGUACAACAGGACGACGACGCUCGACCGCGUCAUUGUCGACACGGGCACGACGCUGCUCAUGCUGCCGGACGAGCACGUCGACGCCUACUACGACCAGGUCGAGGGGGCGCGGUUCAGCCCGUCGUGGGCGGCGUAUCUGUUCCCCUGCGACGCCACGCUGCCCGACUGGACGUUUGGCCUCGGCGACUAUCGUGGCAAACUGCCGGGCCGGUAUGUGCGGUAUAACCAGGUUAACGAGACGCAUUGCUUCGGCGGCAUCCAGAGCUCGGCUGGUAUCCCGUUCGCCAUCUUUGGCGCUGCGCUACUGAAGGCACAGUUUGCCGUUUUCGACUAUGUGGAGGCCGACCGCGAGGUGCAGCCGAGGGUUGGGUUCGCGAAUAAGCCGUUGAGGUAA